GAUUUGUCCAAAGAUAUUAAUCCAGACACAGAGAAAAAUACACUCUUUAUCGCAGAGAGUCCCACAUGAUAAGGACAUAGAGAGAGAGAGCGAUACUUCACCUCUCACCAUCUCCUUCCCCUCUCUCUCUCUCUCUGCUUCUUCUUUUUCUUGCUCUCUCUUUGUCUUCUCGAACAGCAACACCACCAAUCAAUGGGUUCUACGUCAAACCCUAAUCCAUGGACUCCAUAUGAUUCCUACAACGACUGUUCACAGGGAGUCUGCAACAUCUACUGUCCUCAAUGGUGUUACCUCAUCUUCCCUCCUCCUCCUCCUUCUUUCUUCCUCGACGAAGACGACGACUCUUCUUCCUCCUCCAACUUCUCCCCUCUCCUCAUCGCCCUAAUCGGACUCCUCGCCAGCGCUUUCAUCCUCGUCAGCUACUACACUCUCAUCUCAAAAUACUGCCAUCGCCGCCGCGAAACCUCCUCCUCCGAAACCCGUGAUCGCGGCGGUCUGUUCUCCUCCUCCGCCGUCGAAUCCAGGCAAGGAAACUCGAAUGCGGCGGCUAGCGACGGCCUCAACGACACUCUGAUCAAAUCGAUUACGGUUUACAAGUACAGAAAGAACGAUGGAUUCGUCGAUUGUUCCGAUUGCUCUGUUUGUUUGAGUGAAUUCGAAGAGAACGAGAGCUUACGGUUGUUGCCGAAAUGCAAUCACGCGUUUCAUCUUCCUUGUAUCGAUACUUGGUUGAAAUCUCACUCCAAUUGCCCUCUCUGCCGCGCUUUCGUCACCGGAAUUAAUCCCACCACCGUCGUUACCCAAUCGAGCUCCGUUCAUCCAAUCGCCACGGAAUCCGGUAACCGCGGCGGAGGAAAUUUGGAGAUCAGCUCGGUUAUUUCCGGUUACCAGCAUCGAACCGGAGAUUCCGUCGUCGUGAUUGAAGAUCUGGAAACCGGAUCUCGGAACAUUAGCAGGAGAUUGCAGUCACAGUCACUGGAAGAGCAACGGGAAACAAAGGAUGAUGAUGAAGAUUCGCUGCCGAUUCGGAGAUCGGUAUCCUUGAACUCAGGGACAGUGUUGUCGAUCGCUGAUGUGCUACGAGAGAUCGAAGACGAGGAGGGAGACGAAGAAUCCGCCGGAGUAGGAACUUCGCGGCCGCGGCGAGAGGAAGGGGAAGAUGAACACGGCGAGUCGAAGACGCCUCCACCGGCGGUGGAUCAAAGAAGUGGAGUAUCGAGUUUUCUGAUACGGAGUUCAGUGGCGAUGAAGAGAUCCGUGUCGACGGGAAGAUUCAUCUUCUCCAGGUACGACCGGUCACGAAAUUACAGUUUACCCAAUUAAAUACCUUCAUUUUUUUCUUUCUUUUCUAAGAAAUGUUUAUGAAACAGAAUUUCUCUUCCACUUUUUACUGUAGUUACUAUUUUAGUGUUUAGUGAUGAUAAAUUUUACACAGUUCACUUAUAGUGAUCACUUUUUGAUCAUUAUUUUAAGUAAUCUGUUCCCUCCUGAAUUUAUGGAACAUCCAGUACAAAAGAAAUGUGGUUUA